CCAAACCAGAAGGUUUCAAUGACAUCUGAGGGUAUGAGUUGUGAAGAAGAAUCUGAUGAGGUGGCCUUCAUACACAAAGAUUUGGUAGAUGUUGUCAAAGAUGAAGAGGAGGAGAAAGUUACUUCUCACUCGUCUUCAUCUUGCUUGUUCAGUCUG